UAAUUAUUAGCAUUAUAGAUGAAUCUAGAUUACACAAAAAUAUAAGACAAUGUUAAUAAAUAUAGGUAUGGAGUGAAGAUUGGAAAUUAUAAUGAAGAAACUUUUGGAAUGGAUAUGAAACAAGUACUUUAACGAUUAUAUUUAAAAUAAGAAUGAACAUCAUAUACCCAAUAGUACAAUGAAAGAUACUUUUGGUCUUAAAAAUACAUUACUUAAUAUGCCAAGGCAGUAAGAUACAUUAGCAGAUAAGGAAUAUUAUGAAUAAACAACUUUCAGCCAUCGAGGGUUACAGAAUCAUUUAUUAAUUGGCCAUGGUUAGUAACCUUAUGUAUACAAAUAUAUUAAAAAAAUAGUUUGAAACAAGGUAAUUAACUUCUACUUAUGAUCUAUCACAUAAUCAAUAAGUUAAACCAUAAGUGUAAAUUUAUUCAAAAUAUGAACCUAAUAAAACUCAAUUUUAAUCACAAUAAAAUAAAGUUGAAGUGACUGAUAAAGUACAACAUGUAGUUCCAGAUUUGUAGUAAGCUAAUCAAGAGAGAUUAGUAAAAAAGAAAGAGUUUACAAAUACAUUUAAUGAUAAUUAUAAAAAAAUUCCUUUGAGAAAAUGA